AGUGACUCUACGUUCUCCUCUCACUCUAUGGCGCGGCUCCUGGCCCUGCUACUACAUGCCGUGGGCGUGUGGCCUGUGGGGGGUGCCAAUCCAUGCUGGUCCGGGGACUUUAGCUUUGCCAGCUGCUGCCUGGUGAACAGCGCGCAGUGCUGGGGGGGUGGCUUCACCUACGAGAGAUGCUGCCUUCAGAGCCCCUUGCUCUCGGCGCCCGAGGUUGAGGCAGUGAGGAAGAUGAAGAGCCAGGCGCUGAACUGCGGCUGUGGCAAGCCGGACUUGAGCCACCCGGCCUUCAAGGGCGGCCGCUUCACCUGGUGCAAGUUCUACCAAUCCAUCAUGCUCAACCAGGACUUGCGGCCCUUCUACAUGCCCUUCCUGGAGUUAUCGGUCGAGCAGCUGGCGGAAUGCCCUUUGGGUAGCCUCGCGAUGGUCCUGAUGGACACAUCGUUGAAGGUCGCCAAUGCGAAGGGCGCUCCGCCCAAGCUCACCGAGAUGCCCAGCUUUUUGAGGGCGAGAGAGAUGCUGCAGAUGAUCUUGGGCAUGGGCCUCUCUUUGAUUGGCUUCGGUGCCCUCGGCGGCUUCGGCCGGGAAUUCCUGGAGCUCCUCAGGGUUGAUGUGACCACCUCUGGCUGGAUGCUCUUCAAUCAGGUCAGCGCCCUCCGCGGCAUCCUCCUCCGCCGCGGCGGACUGGAAGCGCCCAGCGAGGGCGCUGCGGCGUGCCUGCAGACGCCCGCAACGGAGACUUUACCGGGAAGGAUGCUGCAGACCAUGAUGGACGGGGCCAACUUUGUCCCUGUAGGCACCAAGGCCUUGCUCCAGCUUCUCCAAGCGCCGCCCCCGGGCCCCGCCUGUCGUGUCACGGUGCCUGCCAUGCAGAUGCUGGUGUCCUAUGGGUUGCUGCAGCAUACGGCGCCUGAGCCGCAGCAGACGCAUGUGCCAGGAGCUCCACUGGACUCGAAGGAGGAGGGUGAAGUGCUGCUGCGCAGUGCCGAAGUGCAGCUGCGCACGGCGCUGCUGGAAGACUCGGGAAGUCUGAAGGUGCUGGGCCUGAUGUUGCUCUCGCCCUGGCCGAUCCCUGAAGUCUUGGAUCUCUUGAGCAUGCCGGGUCGUGUGAACCUGACGGUUCAAGAGGCCAUGCUGGAGUUGCUCAACCUCACCCAGGGCCACCCUCUCUGGGAUGCCGCGGUGGCCAACCCCGUCAGCGGCCGCUAUAGCUUCAGGGUCAACCCCUACCGCGAGAUGGUGAGCGACAUGGUUCGCUACACCCGGCUGCCCUUCUGCGGGCUGCGGCCUUUCAUGCGCAUGGUCGCCUCGAUCGCGCAGGCGGCAGUGGAAGCCGGCUGCCCAAAGAAGGGGGUCUACCUGGAGGACUUGAGCCUUUGCGAGUUCACCUUCAUCGAGGGAGGCCCUCAUUUGGGCGAUUGCGCCCUUUGGGCUGCGAGUGCUCUACGCCUCGUGGGCGUGCGCGUGCGGGCCAUCGCCUACGAGCCGUUGCCGGAUGCGGCCGGGCUCUUCCAGCAGAGCGUCCUGGAGAACGGCUUCGGUGGCGCCGUGGAGGUGAAGAUGGCGGCCCUGGGCGCGCAACGGGGCCCCGUGGAGAUGAUCCACUUCCGGGGACACAACGGACAGGCCACCGUGAACGGUCAGGACUUCCCUUCCCAUGACCCCAGAGAGGUGGUCAAGGUGCCGACAGAGGAACUGGCGCUGGACGAGGA